AUGCCCAUGGAUGACGAUGAACUGAUUAAUUUAACGCCGGCGCAACAAAUGGAUCAGCCUAAUUUGCGCGCUCCUCAAUCGUCAGAUUCUGGGGGAUUGGAUCUUCAAAACGUGCCCAUGGGCCAGGACCAGAAGGCAAGAAUUCAGCGGCAACGCGAACAGCGACAUCAACAUGGGGGACAAGGACGGGCGCGGGGGCAGGAGCAAGCGCAGGGACAAGGACAGGCAGCUCAUGAGAGACGCAGUCAAGUACAGUACCAGUUGAAGCAAGUCAUUGGGAAAGGAUCUUACGGUAUCGUCUACAAAGCUGUAAACAAGAGAACACGACAAAUAGUUGCUAUAAAAGAAGUUAACUAUGACAAUGAUGAGGAACUGACAGAUAUAAUGUCAGAGAUUGAUCUGCUCAAGAACUUGAACCAUAUUAAUAUUGUCAAAUAUCACGGUUUCAUUCAGAAGUCCCAUAAUCUUUAUAUCAUCCUGGAGUAUUGCUCUCACGGCUCCCUGAAAAAUUUGAUAUCCAGAGGCAACGGGCUUGAUGAGAAAAGGGCGAAAAUUUAUGUCAGGCAAACACUGAAUGGACUUCAUUACUUACAUCAACAAGGAGUAAUCCAUAGGGACAUCAAAGCAGCCAAUCUAUUGUUAGAUGAAAAUAAUGUCGUCAAACUGGCAGAUUUUGGCGUCUCUACGCAAGUUAGUACCAUUAUGAUGGCGAUGACUUUAGCGGGUUCCCUGAAUUGGAUGGCUCCGGAGAUCAUCACCAAUAGAGGUGCUACGACACUUAGUGAUAUUUGGUCGUUAGGAGCUACCGUGUUGGAGUUAUUGACGGGAAACCCGCCAUUCCACAAUUUGGUUGAUUUGAAUAUUUAUUAUGCAAUUGAGAAUGAUUCAUUUAUUCCACCUAGUUUUUUGUCACCUCUAGCCCAAGAUUUGCUACUAGCUUGCUUCCAGAAAAAUAUGUACAAAAGGCCGACUGCUGCACAACUAUUGAAACAUAAAUGGUUAAGCACUAAUAAUGAUUCUGAUAAGCUCGAACAAUAUAAAGAAGUGAAUAAUGAUUUCAAAUGGGAUCAAGAUUUCAAAGAAAUUGACAUAAUUACUAAUCGUUUGGAUAAGCUUCAGCAUCAAAACGGAGUUAGUAAGAUAGAAACCAAGGUAACACCGAACUCUAACCUAUCAGUGAUGGAUUUUGCAAUAUCUAAUGAAGAUUUUUUCAAGAAUAUGACUAGUGGAAAAGCAAUAGAUCAAGCAAGGAUAACUGUCUUGUUUAAUAAUUUAUCGCCUCAGGAUUUGGCGCUUAAACUAGUUGAAUUAUCGUUAGAAGAAAGUGUAAAUUCUGAUUUAUUACUGAUUGCCCUAUUUGAAUACGAUAUUAAUUUCAACAACUCCGAAGUUAAACAGUAUUUUAUUAAACUCGGAGGCAUAACAACUAUUUUGAGUAAUAGUUCAAUAAUAGAACUUUUUUUCAUCAAGGAUUCUUUCGAGAAUUUAAUUCAGGCUGGUAUAAUGUUGAAUUGCAAUUUCAAUAAAGUAAAUGAUUCGGUAAAAUUUGAAUUAUCUUUAAAAUACUUGGAGGUUUCAAACUCGGCACAAUUUUGGUGUAAGUGGUGCUCAAAAAACCUAGAUAUAUCAGAUCUUUUGAAGAAAAAUAACGUUUCCAAUAAAUUUGUUCAAGCAAUUAUUCUAAAAUUAUCGUUCUUCAGUGAAGCUUUAUCGUGGUUCCCUCAACAAUUUAUUACUAAUAUCCUCAAAAUAAAGCCUGUGAAAGAAAAUUUCGAUCAACAAUCAUUAUCAGUCAUUUUCAAAGUACUGUCUUCAAUAUUGAUUCAAUUUCAUAAGACCUCUCCAUCAUCUCAGAUUAUUCCCCCAUCGCCAGCUUCAUCAUUGUCGUUAACGACAUCUAAUAUAUCCCCAUCAUCUUCCCCAUCCCCCCCCUCAAGUCUAUCUUCAACAGCAAAAGACAAUUUAAAAAACAGUAGUGUUGUGCGUGAUAGUCCCAUAUCAUCCAUAACUUUGCCAACAAAUUUUUUACCUUGGUUUUUGAGCUUUUUGGAUGAUCCUCUUUUUUAUCAUAUGAAGAAUUUACACCCUUGGAAGUAUUAUGUUAUCGUCCUUUACCAUGCCGUUCAUUUGAACAAAAUAUUGAUCAAAAAACUGAUUUAUAAUGAAAAAUUUCCUCAGUUGAUAUUGAGUAUUUUAAAAAAUUAUCUAAAUGGUGGUUAUUAUCAUAACGAGGAGUGCCUCCCAUCAAUAAUUCAUCAGUCGCUUCCUAUCAUUACCGAAAUGUCCAAUGAAAUUAAAGUUUACAACCCAAUUCUUCUUGAAAUAUCAAUUCAGUUAAUAAGUUUUAGCGAAGUUUGCAUUACUGAUGCAUUAGAAGUUUUGUUCAACUGUUUGCAAUUGUCUCUGCACGACCAUACCCGUUGUUUCAUAAGGUAUUCUGAAGAUGAUAUUUUUAUAUGUUUCAAUGUAAAUGGAUCCAUAAUCAGUUUACCAUCCGAUCAAUUGAUUGGUACUUUUUUUCAAAUACAAGAAGAUAAUGUUCGAUUCGGUAAUUUCAUUACAAGAUUUAUGAAAAUUUGCUCACUGACUCCUCUGGAUUUUAUUUCUCAAGAAAUUAUUCGUCAUUCGAAGUUCGUUGAAAGAUGUAUCACAUUUUUUCAGUUAUACCGAAACAGUCUAUUAAUUCAAAUUGAUUUAUUGAAAUUAAUUAAGUUAAUUUUUAUCCGGUCCUUUGAGUACUUGGAACAAUUUGAUACUGAUGUCAGGGAUGAAAUAGAAAUCAUUCAUUCCAGAUUACAAGAAAUAAUCAAUUUCUUAUCUAAAAAUUGGACGAAGAAUGAAACGGGCCAGGUCGGGCACGAUUCAAUUUUGAUUCACCAGUUAUGUAAUGAUAUUAAGGCUCUAUUGUCCCCCGGGAUGGCAUUUUCUUCACGCCGCACCCCGACAACCACUAUGCUAGAUUUAGAUAAGGAUGGUUUCGUUAUUCCAAGGUUGCCGCCACCUUCAUCAUCUGCGUUCUGA